AUGGAAAAGGAUGAUUCCUCAGAAUUAUCAAUCGAUUCAUCUGACAGUACUAUAGCCCACACUUUUCAAAGUAAUUUGGACGAGUAUGAAAUAAAUUUGGAAGACAUAUUACAGCUACAAUUAAAUCCUGAAUUCAGAACUACAGGAAAGUCAUUAGAACUAAUAGUGAUCGAAUUAUCAAGUAUUUUACACGAUAUGCUCAAUUCUGGCGAAAAAAAAGAAAAAACAGCACAGGAACUACGCAUAUACAUUAAUGAACAUAUCUGCAUUAUCGAGCAAUUAAAUUUUGUUUUGCACAAUCACCAAGAUACAAUUAGCUCAACUUUCAAUUCAAAAUGA